AUGCACAAGCACGUGAUGAACUGGCUACCACAGAUCGUCAAACGCUACAAGUCCGUCCCUGCAAUUCGCACGGAGACGCUUCGGUACUUUGCCUGCGCCGCUUCCUACGAGGUAGCACCCUAUGCACGUCCGCAGGAUGCUGAAUUGGAGUUCGAAGAGGAGGAGGGCGAGGUCAAGAAGGUGAAAACGGAUGUGGAAGCUGAUAUGGCUGCGGACAUGACUGUGCCGGAAGCUGUCGACGACGACGAGGAGCUGGAAGCAUUUCCGCAUCUGCCUCUGACGGCUGACGCACUGUCAGUGUCGAGAAGAUCAAAGGUGAUGUUCCAAGCUGUACCCGCCUUGAAGGAAGUCUUGGAUGUGUCCCCGAGCGAAGCUCUUGGGCCUAAAGAGGUCGCAGAGGCGAGACAUCAGGUGGUGGAGUCCGAACCGGAAGGGCGCUUGGCCUUCGGAGGCCUGGUAUCCCUGCGGCAAUCUGAGCUGCGCCUCUUCCUUGCAGAGGAGCUGGAGCGGUCAGAGGACAUGAACGCCCUUUGCUUGGCCAUGCUCUGCGUUGCAAACUUUGCGGCGUACGAGCGGAAAGUCCUGGCGGAUGAGAAGGGGGGCCAGAAGCUUGGGAAGUAUCUGCCGCUGGAGGACAUGGCUCGUCUUCUUCGGGGCGUGGUGAGAACGCUGAAGUCUAUCCCCAGCUUUGAUGACGACAGUGUGGCCAACACCAUGACCCUUCAUGCCCUUCGCUUCUUCUGCAAUCUCCUGGCCUUUGAAAUCGAUUUCAUCACUGCCGAGCUACAGCAUCUGAAUGUGCUAGAAGAAGUGGGCAAGCUCUUCGACCAUUGGUUCAAGGACGAGGACAAGAUUGAAGAUGACAAGCUGUUCCUUCAGACCCUCCAGAGCUUUAUCCUGCUCCUGAGGUGGGAGAUCAGAGGUCGCAGUGAGCUUCGAAACCAAUGGAAACCCAGAAUGUCGAAGUCAGCCACACUUUUACCCGCAUUCCUCAUUCCUCCUCAUUCCCAUUGA